UCCUCCAGCAACGGCCCAGCAUCUUUCAGGGCUCCAACGGGACCAGCGUCAUCAGCCCGCUGGAUCCGUCCGCCCAGCUGCGCAUCAUGCAGCUGCCCCCCGGCGCUCCCUCCAUCACCCAAGGCCUGCCAUCCUCCCGCUACAGCACCGCCGCCGACGCAUUGGCCGCUCUGGUGGACGCAGCCGCCUCCGCCCCGCAGAUGGAAGUGGCCAAGUCCAAGGAGGGAAAGCACGACGGCGGCGGCCGGAUAGAGGAGAACCCGGGGCGCAGGUCCUCGGUGGUCAGCGAACAGCCGCCGCCACCUCCGCCACCGAUGGAGCAGAAGGCGCUGGACGGGGAGAAGAGGGGAGCUUCGGGUCCUUACGUCUCCUCGGCUUCGGCGACUUUCUCCGCCAGCAAAUCCCAGAACCUGCCGUCUUCGGCCAUCUACUCCGAGGCCGGGAAAGACAAAGGGCCCCCCUCCAUCUCGAAGUACGAGGAGGAACUCCGCACGCGGGGCAAGACCACCAUCACCGCCGCCAAUUUUAUCGACGUGAUCAUCACACGGCAGAUCGCCUCCGACAAGGACGCCCGCGAUCGCGGCUCGCAGAGCUCGGAUUCGUCCGGCAGCCUAUCCUCGUCUUCGCACCGCUACGAGCCUUCGAGAGACGCCAUUGAGGUGAUCAGCCCCGCCAACUCCCCAGUCCCCGCUCAGGAGAAGAUGUCCCCUUACCAGCAGGAGCCCCCCAAAAUGAACCCAGGAGAAAGAGACUGCGGCCGCCAGUACGAGGGGUCCAGCCAUCCUUACAGACCCGCGCAGGAUUCGCCCUCGCCACAGCAACUGCCGUCCCAGCAGCAGCCCCAGGCACCCCCAGCACCACAGACGGCCCCUCCACCCGUCCAGACUCACCGCGUGAUCACCUUGGCCGAUCACAUCUGUCAAAUCAUCACGCAGGAUUUUGCCCGCAGCCAGGCGUCCAACCAGCCUUCCCUUCCGACUCCCACCAGCACAUUCCAGACCUCGGCUCUGACCUCCGUCACCACGACAAACCGGGCCAAGGCUUCGAACCGCUACAGCCCUGACAUCCAGGUGCAAGCCGCCCCCCACCAGCGCCCGGGGUCCCGGAUGUCCCCCGAAAACCUCUCUGAGAAAAGCAGGGGCAGGCUUGGGAAGUCCCCUGAGAGAAGCCACGUUUCCUCGGAGUCGUACGAGCCAAUCUCUCCGCCGCAGGCGCCAGCGGCCCACGAGAAACAAGACAACUUCCUGCUUCUCUCGCAAAGGCCGGAGCCUUCGGAACAGAGGACAGACUCCCGUUCUCCCGGCAACAUCACCUACCUGCCUUCCUUCUUCACCAAACUGGAGAAUACCUCCCCGAUGGUGAAGUCGAAGAAGCAGGAGAUUUUUCGCAAGCUGAACUCGUGCGGGGGGAAUGAAUCCGAUAUGGCUGCUCAGCCUGGGACAGAAAUAUUCAACUUGCCAGCAGUCACCACUUCAGGUUCGGUGAGCGCCCGAGGCCCGUCCUUAGCCGAUCCCGCCAGCAACCUGGGUCUGGAAGACAUUAUCCGCAAAGCCCUGAUGGGCAGCUUCGACGACAAAGGGGAGGACCACAGCCUGGUCAUGGGGCAGCCCAUAGGGUUGGUGCCUAGCGGGUCCAGCGGAUCAUUACCAACGAACAGCGAAACUCGACGGGAGGAAACCAGCCCCUCCCCCAAUCCUGGUGGGGGGCUCAGCAAGCAGAAGCUGAUGGGGAAAUCCGGGGGCAGGAAGUCCAAGUCCCCACUUCCUGGCCAGGGCUACCUGGGAACGGAGCGCCCCUCCUCGGUCUCCUCGGUGCAUUCGGAAGGGGACUAUCACCGGCAGACCCCCGCCUGGUCGUGGGAGGACCGGCCUUCUUCGACAGGUUCCACGCAGUUCCCCUACAACCCGCUGACCAUCCGGAUGCUGAGCAACACGCCCCCCACCUCCAUGGCCUGCGCCCCCCCCUCCGCCAGCCAGGCCGCCGCAGCCGCCGCCGCACACCAGCCCAGCCGGAUAUGGGAGCGGGAACCGGCCCCUCUGCUCUCCGCCCAGUACGAGACACUUUCCGACAGCGACGACUGACACGGACGGACGGACGGACGGACGGAACGUAGCUUGCCCUGCUUUGGGGAAGAAAAAAAAAAAAAACGAGAGACACGCACACACAAACACAAAAAGAAAGAAAGAAAGAAAGAAAGAAAGAAAGAAAGAAAGAAAGAAAGAAAGAAAGAAAGAAAGAAAGAAAGAAAGAAAGAAAGAAAGAAAUAUUCAGCAGGGAAGUUUGCAAAAUGGCUGCAUUUUUAUUUUAAAAAAAAGCCACAAACUGCCCCACACGCCCCGAGGUUGUCGGAAGGAGAGAAAUACGGGAUUUUUUCCCCUUUUUCCUCCGCCGGCAUCCCGAAGAUAAAUACGUGUAAAGAGUUUUUUUUUGGGGGGGGGGUUCUUUUUUUAAAAGAGGGGGAAAAAAAUAAAUAGGACGUGUUAUUCCCGACCUCUCUACGAAAAAGGAAGAAGAAGAAAAAAAAAAGAGGAAAAAAAAAUUACCUUUCUUCUGUAAAUAGAAUAACUUUUUCUGCAGUGUAUUUCCGCACGGCCACCCCUCUUCCCCCCCCCUCCCCACUUCCACCCCCCCACCCCCCACCCCCCACUCACUUUCAACCCUGGCUAGACUUUCUGGUGUUCAAAAUCAUUGUUGUAAACUUUGGGGGUCAUUAUAUAUAUAUGCAUAUAUAUAUAUAUAUAUAUAUAUUUUUCAAGGCCUUGUCUCAAGAGUUAAGACGCUUCCGAAAUUUUGGGGGUGCGAGCAAGAGGACGCCCCUCCCCCCCUUCCUUUUGCAUCAUCUGUCUGUAGAAAUGGGGAGGGGGGGCAGAGAAAGAGAGACCUUUGGGGCAUCACCCUUUGUCUUUAGGGGAGGGGGCAAUUUGGCCCAAACAGGUUGCUCCUUCCUUCCUCCCUUUUUCCUUCCUUCCUUCCUUCCUCCCUCCCUCUUUCCCUUUUCCUUCCUUCUUUCCUUCCCUCCUUCAGUCAUUCAUUCCUCCCUCCCUCUUUUCCUUCCUUUCUCUUUUCCUUCCUUUCUUCCUUUUUACUCUUCCUUCUUUCCUUACUCUUUUCCCCCCUUCCUUUCUCCCUCCCUUUCUUCCUUCUUUCCCUUUUCCUUCCUUUCUUCCUCCCUCUUCCCUUCCUUUCUUCUUUUCCCUUCCUUCCUUCCUCUUUUCCCCUUCUCUUCCUUCUUUCCUUACUCUUUUCCCCCUCCCUCCUUCCCUCCCUUUCUCCCUCUCCCUUUUCCUUCCGUCCUUCCUUCCUCCCUCUUUUCCCUUCCUUUCUUCCUCUUUUUCCUUCCUUCCUCUUUUCCCUUUCUCUUCCUUCUUUCCUUACUCUUUUUUCCCCCUCCCUCCUUCCCUCCCUUUCUCCCUCCCUCCCUUUCCCUUCCUUCCUUCCUUCGUUUCCCCCUUCUCUUCCUUCUUUCCUUGCCCUUUUCCCUUUCUCUUCUUUCCUCCCUCCCUCCCUCCUUCUUUGCUCCCUCCCUCCGUCUUUCCGUACAUAGCACCCCGCUUGCUCUCCGGCACGACUUGCCUUCUCCCCCCACCCCAAAAUCUAAACCCCCUGCCCUUCCCCCCCCUCCUCCCCCUCCUCCCUCUUUUUCUGUGGUUGUUAAAAAACUUGUGGAAAAGAUGUUUUGUUUUGUUUUUUUCCUUUUGAAAACUGACCCCCUUCCGCGAGAUCUGUACAUUUGAAAUCUCCGGUCUGCUGGAAUAACCGAGAUCUUUUUCAUGAUUAUGCCACGCUGUCAUUUUAAUUUUUUGUUUUGUUUUGUUUGCGUUGGUUUUCUUUUUUUUCCCCGUACAGUUGAUUUUGCUCCGCAACACUGGGGAAAAAAACCAUUGCAUGGGCCUUUCUCUCUCAAAAUGUCCAAGCUUUAUUCUCCUCCUAAUUUUUUUUUUUUUUUUUAAUUUUCUUUUUCAGCCCUUCCUUCCCGUAAACUCUCUUCUCCUUUUCCUGUCUUCCCUCCCAAACCAUCAGCUGCUUUUUCUCCGGAUCGAAAGCAAAAGGUCCGGUCGGUCUCCAGCCGGAGCGAGGCCAAGUCUCAAAUCUUGUUCCUUCCACGGAAAUCUCUGCAUCCCAAAUUCACAUUUCUUCCCAUAUAAAAAAAAAAUAAAAGAAAUAAAUUGUG